UAUUAAGCAUAAAUGUCUUGUUUUAAAAAAAAAAGAAUAAAAUUAAAUCAAGAUUCAGCGACAAAUCCGUUAAAUCUUGGUUGGGAGACUCCGUUUCUUAUCAGAACAUCGCCGUCGGCCGGGGCGUCUCGCCGUGUCUGUCGCCGUCCAUCUAGUUUCCUGCUAAUCGUCGCCAAGCUCCUGGGUCUCUCACAGCGCUCUCCAACAUGCUCUCUAAAAUUGCUCGCAUUAACCUUGUGAGUUCACAUCCUGAAGUUUACGACCCAUGUGAUGAUUCGUUUGCAUUAGUUGAUGCGCUCCUAGCUGAUAGAGCUAACUUAUUAGAACGUCAUCCUUCAAUCUGCAUGGAAAUUGGCUGUGGCAGUGGGUAUGUUAUAACUUCCCUAGCUCUUCUGCUUGGAAAAGAGGAUUCUGGUGCCUACUAUAUCGCAACUGAUAUUAACCCCCAUGCAGUCAGAGUAACUUGUGAAACACUACUAGCACAUGGCUGUCAUGCUGAGGUGGUUAAUACAGAUAUUGCAUCAGGACUGGAGAAGCGCUUAUCAAGGUCUGUGGAUGUGAUGGUAGUGAACCCACCUUAUGUGCCAACACCAGAAGAGGAGGUCGGACGUCAUGGUAUUGCCUCUGCUUGGGCCGGAGGGGAAAAUGGCCGAAGUGUUAUUGAUAAGAUAUUGCCUGUUGCUGACAAGCUCUUGUCUGAUAAGGGCUGGUUGUAUUUAGUUACUCUUACUGCAAAUAACCCCUUAGAGUUAUGUCUUCAGAUGAGAAAAAAAGGUUAUGCUUCUCGUAUCAUUUUGCAGAGGUCAACAGAAGAGGAGAGCCUGCAUGUUAUCAAAUUCUCGCGAGAUUUGGAUACUUUGUUGGAGGCUAAUGAGUGUAUGGCAUUGAACAAAACUGAAAAUGAACUAGCUACAGAGUCCUCGCCUUUUACUCCGUUUUCCAUAUGGAAAUAUGGGAAACGGAAUUUUAACUAGUAUAAGGUGAAGCAGGAAGUUCACCAUCUAGAUGUUCUUGGUGGAUCAAAUGGACAGAAGUUGAUGGCAUCUUGGUUCAUCAGAAAUUGAGUAAAGGGUUGAGCAUCGGAGGCAAAAACAGUCAUCUAAACACAAGGAUGAUGAAGGCUAUACGAGUCUGGUUCGGUAUAUAAUGUAAAGAAGAAUUUUGGUCUGAGCAACAUUCCACCAUCUGCAACAGGAGCCGGGAAAAUCUAAGAAUUGUUCAGAAGAAAACUCAGAGAUGGCUUGUUAUAAUAAGAUCCUCAACUGUUUUAUUCUUAAUUAGAAAGUGUAGAAUAAAAUAAUUACAGGUAAACUUCAUGUUUCCCUGCUCAUCCUUGACUUUGUUCAUAUAGAUGCCAAUUGAUGCUUGUUUUCCUGGUUGAAUUGAUGGAAAUGGACUCAGUUAUUUACUUAGUCUGAAGACAUUGAGACUCAUUUUUCUGCAGUCAACUUGAUGUUGGUUUGAGGGUC